AUGACGUACUCAGUCGGCCGGCGACAUUUCACUGCGAGCGCCCAAAGGCAACAGACAUACAUUGUGUGGGCACCAGACAAUACCGACGAAGGCGCCUUGGCAAGGAGAACGGCUGUUCGGCAGAAGCACUUUGUCACUGCUAAUAAGCUUAUCAAACAAGGAAUUCUCAAAGUUGCUGGUGGUCUUUUGACACCUGAUACCCAAGAUGCCGCCCCCGGAAACAGAAGGUUCGUUGGCUCUGCUUUGCUAUACGAAGCGGAGAAUCUAGAUGCUGUCCGGAAAUUCGUGGAGCAAGAUUUGUAUUGGACAGAGAAUGUCUGGGACAAAGACAAAAUAGUGAUCCUUCCGAUUAUUAUGGCCACUACCCUGCAAGAGAGGGCGGGUAUCACACAGCCAACUCCUGAAGAUUGA